UACCUAGUGAUCACGUGCUUUCUUUAAUUGUAAUUUAACCACAUGCUUCCUAAUGUCACCUAGUUAGUUUAUACCAAGUUUCAUCAAAUUUGGUUCAGUAGAAAAAAUUCGGGUGUCAAAGGGUUAAAAUAUAAAUGAUAUCACCGCGUAUUAUAUACCAAAUUAAUGCUCAUUAAAAACUGCAUUUAUGAGUGUAGUUGAUAGGCCGUACAGCAAUUAUUGGCUAUUGAUUUACUGAUAUGCUAAACUGCGCUCGUACUUUACGAUUUUCAUUCGUCAUGUACAUAUUUUCAUAAAAAUAAUAGCACGUGAGAAAACAUACAAAUCAAGUACAACUUUUUGAAAAAUGUCCAUGGACAGAGAAGGAAAGUGGACAGAACGUGCAUUUCAAUGGACAAAAAGACUUGUUCAUCCCACUAAAUCGGUGUAAACUACAAUCCGUCAACAAAUAACGUAUGCACGGAGGAGGGGGCAUAAUAGUUCUUUUAUGACUUUACUAGAUUGAGUUCUAAGGUUCUAUCUUUUGAGCGAUUUUCACUAUGGAAAAUAGAAAAACUGCUCCUUUUGAAGGAAGACCCAUCUGCCAAAACCCUUUUAGGCUUUUUACCAGCUCGAGGUCCUCUAUCGACUUAUAUAUGAACGAAAGAAAACGACGCAUUUCGCCUCGGGCGGUUCCCUCGUUAGUAAAAGCUAACUAAUUCCAGAAAAAAUGCCCUCAGUUAACUUUAAAACCUUCGCAGUGUGCACUUGGGAUCAAGUUAUAUUAUGCAUUUAAUCGAUACAGAGACGUGCAUAAGAAAAUGUGAAUACAACCUGACGUACGUUUCUUAGUUUAGGUGAUGAAAAAACAAUUAAUUCAACAUUUAUCAAGUAAAACAUUGCUUACUUGUCGAAAGAAACUGAUCUCAAUUUAAGUGGAUACUCAUUCUGUUUAAUAGCACAUUCGUUGAAUAUAAAUAAAAACUGAAUAUCAGUGAAAGAGAAUGAUCGUGUUUCAAUUUAAAAAUGUUGUUUUCCUUAUUGCUGUAACAGCAAUUUAUGCUUUUAUUUAUUUUAUUUAAUUUAUGCACAAGAACGAAAAACUGGUUCCCUUUGGAAAGUAUUCAAGUUCAAAAAUAUAACUGAGUGAUGGUCUUAAUUUUUUUACAAGUAAUGAUAGUUGAGUGUUAUUUGACCAAUUAUUCGAUUAGAUGCUGAUCAACAACGAAUUCCAUUUGCUUAGUUACAUAGUUCAAAAACACAGUUAGCUUUGCACAAAAUAAAUACUAUUACUCUCGAUGGCAGUUCUACUACACCUCACGAAAUUUCUGUAAGUAAAGAUUUAACAAGUGUCAUAUACCGUGAACCGGGUUUACAUUUUGUACAAGCUUCGGCUCAUGUUGGCGGCAAUGAAACGGGUGAUGUUCAUUUAUGGUUGCGCUUAAAUGGAAAAGAUGCUGAAAAUAGUAACUGUAUUCAAACAUUGUUCGAUGGCACUAGUUCGGUUGUGAGCAGUCAAGGCGUUAUGCUGAUUGAUGCUGGAGAUAAAAUGGAGUUGGUGUUUUCAUUAAAAAACAAGAAUCUCGGAAUUGUAGCAGCGUUUCUGAAUGGCGAAGCGGCUAGUCCGUCACUCAGUUUUUCAUCAGGCAAGGUUGCCAAUAAGUAUAAUCUCUAUAAGACAUCGUAUGCACAAUUAUCAAGUUUCAAAAAUCAAUUCGUGCGAGAUUGUUCAGCUUCGCAGCAAUAUUGUAGUAUACGCGCUGUAACACAUUUACUGAAGACAGAUUCCAAAACAGUACUGAGAACGGCCAUGACAGACCUAGGAACCCUAUAG